GAGCGUGUUGGUUCAUCAAGAAACAUCUCAAGAUUUUCUUCAGAUUACACUUGUUAGCGUUAAGCUACACAAACUUCUACUAUGGCUCCCAGAGUGCUGGGCUUCAUCAAAGGGUUCUUCGUCUAUGAAACCGCCAAGUCUGUAGUAGUGAAGAGCUGGUCUGUUGGAAUAAUCAACCGGGUCGUUCAGCUGUUAAUUAUUUUGUAUUUCAUCUGUUGGGUGUUUAUGCAUGAAAAAGCGCAUCAGCUCCGCGACACAGGAAUUGAGUCUGCGGUCAUGACUAAAGUGAAGGGUUUGGGUAACUUUAACGACCGUGUGAUGGACGUAGCAGACUAUGUCAUUCCAUCACAGGGAGCCUCAUCAUUCUCUAUCAUUACCAACAUGGUCGUCACAGCCAAUCAGACGCAAGGAUACUGUCCUGAGAUCGAAAAAAAGUUUAGUUGCACUUCUGAUGGUGACUGUGAGAAAAAAAUUGGCUUAAAUAUUGGAAAUGGUAUGAUAACAGGCAAAUGCUUGAAUGAUAAUGGAACAAGUAAUGAUACAUGGCGUUGUGAAAUUCAAGGCUGGUGCCCAGCAGAAGACGACACCAUUUCUGGAAAGCCAAUGCACGAGGUGGAGAAUUUCACCAUAUUCAUCAAGAACAGCAUUCGCUUCCCUCUCUUUGGUGUCGCUCGUGGUAAUUUCCCUUCAAGCUUAAACAGGUCUUACAUUCAGUCCUGUAACUAUGACCCAGUGCGCCAUCCGUUCUGUCCCAUCUUUAAAGUGGGAGAUAUCCUGAAACACCUCAACCAAAGUCUGGAAAAUAUUACAAAGAUUGGAGGAGAGAUUGGAAUUAACAUCAAUUGGAAGUGUAAUCUGGACUAUGAUGAGGAGAACUGCAAUCCCAAGUACUUCUUCACACGCUUGGAUGCUGCUUUUGAACACAGCAGUGUUUCUAAAGGAUAUAACUUUAGGUUUGCUAAAUACUAUCAAUCGGAAGAUGGGACUGAGUAUCGAACGCUUCAUAAAGCUUAUGCCAUCCGCUUUGAAAUAAUCGUGUCUGGCAAUGCAGGCAAGUUUAAUGUGGUGCCAUUUCUGAUUAAUUUGGUUGCAGCAUUUACUUCAGUGGGAUUGGCUACAGUAUUCUGUGACAUCAUCCUUCUGAACUUUCAUAAAGGAGCAGAUGAGUACAAAGCAAAGAAAUUUGAAGAGGUAUCAGGCUUUGUGCCUGAGUCUGGAAGCAACAUACUCUACAAGGGCAGCCAGGUGUCGAUCAAAGCACUGGAGAAGAACUCUAAUGACUCGGGGACUUUUUCUAUUGGGCGUCAGGAGUGAGUCAUGUAGUCUGUCAAAUCAAUGAGACUUUCAAACAACAUUACUGCUUAUGGAUUUUUAUGCACUUGCAAUUUCUUAAGGUGGAAGUUUCAAAUGUUUUAUUCUGAUUUUAAGUUUGUCAAACAUUUGAGCUGGAUUUGUCAAUAAGUAAUGACAUCAUUCAGGUAAUACCAAACAAGAAAGCACACAUACAGUAGAUAUUUACAUUAUUAAGUCAAAGAGAUAAAAUCACUAUACAAAUAUUGCACAUGUAAAAUCACAUUUUAUUUUCUGAUGACAUUCAGGGUAACACUUUAUAACAGUCCUUUUUACAUAAACUUAGUAAUAACAAUAGCUAUGUAUCAUUACAAGAAAAUAGAAACAAUCCCUCAACAAUCAAACAGAAACAAUCCCUCA